GAGAGCGCGUCCGCUGCCCAAUGACAGCGCAGGAUGCUGAGAGAGGCUGCUGGGGUGAAUGGAGGCGACAAGAUGCCGUCUAGAGCGGCGAAGGAGAGGAAUUAUCAUCGAUAAAGAUCUGACUUUGAUGUGCUCCACCUAUUAAGACAUGAAAUAAGUCACCCAUGAGUGGUUCAAAGAGUCAGAGCAGUCUCAUUUUGGCGUGCCCCUGUUAAGGACCCUCUGGUGGCUACACAGCCGAUUCACAGGACAUGUACGGCAGUGCCAGAGCUGUAGGCCAUAUAGAGAGCAGCCCCGCACGGUCCCCGCGCCUGCCAAGGUCCCCCAGACUGGGCCAUCGGAGGGCCAACAGUGGGGGCGGGGGUGGUGCGGGGGGCAAGACGCUCUCCAUGGAGAACAUCCAGUCCCUCAACGCUGCCUAUGCUACUUCAGGACCCAUGUACCUGAGUGACCACGAGGGCGUGGGCUCCACUGCCACCUACCCAAAAGGCACUAUGACUCUGGGUCGCGCCACCAGUCGGGCCAUGUACGGGGGCCGCGUCACAGCCAUGGGCAGCAGUCCUAACAUCGCUUCAGUGGGGCUGCCCCAUGCUGACCUUCUGUCUUACAGUGACCUGGGCUCCCUCUCCAUGCUGCACCCCCACCACCACCAGGGGGUGCCCUCUGCCCUGCUGAGGCAGGCGGUGCGGGGCAGUGGGGGGGAGCUGCUGGAGAUGCAGGCCCAGCUCAGGGAGAUGCAGAGGGAGAAUGAGAUGCUGCGCAGGGAGCUUGACCUGAAGGACAGCAAGUUGGGAUCUUCCACCAACAGCAUUAAGAGUUUCUGGAGUCCUGAACUGAAGAAGGAGCGGAUAAUGCGGAAAGAAGAGGCGGCACGCACAUCAAUCCUUAAGGAGCAGAUGAGAGUCACUCAUGAGGAGAAUCAGCUGCUGGAUGCCAGGAGAACAAAGCAUCUCCAGAUGACCAUCCAGGCUCUGCAGGAUGAGCUGCGCACACAGCGAGACCUAAACCACCUGCUGCAGCAGGAGAGUGGAAACCGGUCCGGUGCAGAGCAUUUCACCACCAUCGAACUGACGGAAGAAAACUUCCGUCGACUGCAGGCCGAACAUGACCGACAGGCCAAGGAGCUCUUCUUGCUGAGAAAGACACUGGAGGAGAUGGAGCUGAGGAUCGAGACCCAGAAACAGACACUUGGUGCCAGAGAUGAGUCUAUUAAGAAGCUUUUGGAGAUGCUGCAAAGUAAGGGGCUGCCCCCUGGGCCGGGCAGGGCAUCUGAAGAGGAGGAACAGGAGAGAGCCAGGCGUAUCGCAGAGGCUGAGGCCCAGCUUGGACAUCUGGAGGUCAUUCUGGACCAAAAGGAGAAGGAGAACAUUCAUCUACGAGAGGAACUGCACAGGAGAAAUCAGCUGCACCAGGAUCCAAGCAAAACCAAGGCCCUGCAGACCAUCAUAGAGAUGAAGGACACCAAAAUUGCCUCUCUGGAGCGCAACAUUCGAGACCUGGAGGAUGAGAUCCAAAUGCUGAAAGCGAACGGCUUACUGAACACAGAGGACCGAGAAGAGGAGAUCAAACAGAUGGAGGUCUACAAGAACCACUCUAAGUUUAUGAAGACGAAGAUUGACCAGCUUAAGCAGGAGCUGUCAAAGAAGGAGUCAGAGCUGCUUGCUCUGCAGACAAAACUAGAAACCCUCAACAACCAGAACUCAGACUGCAAACAGCAUAUCGAGGUGCUCAAAGAGUCUCUCACUGCCAAGGAGCAACGUGCUGCCAUCCUGCAAACAGAGGUGGAUGCUCUACGUCUGCGUCUGGAAGAGAAAGAGUCCUUCCUUAACAAGAAAACCAAGCAGCUGCAGGACCUGACAGAGGAGAAAGGCACUCUCGCUGGAGAAAUCAGGGACAUGAAGGACAUGCUUGAGGUCAAGGAAAGAAAGAUCAACGUCCUACAGAAGAAGAUAGAGAACCUGCAGGAGCAGCUGCGGGACAAAGACAAGCAGCUGGGGAACCUGAAGGACAGGGUCAAGUCCCUACAGACCGACUCCAGUAACACAGACACUGCCCUGGCCACACUGGAGGAGGCGCUAUCGGAGAAGGAGAGGAUUAUAGAACGUUUAAAGGACCAAAGAGAGAGGGAAGACAGAGAACGUCUGGAAGAAGUGGAAUCAUAUAAGAAGGAGAAUAAGGAUCUCAAAGAAAAAGUCAACAGCCUACAGAUAGAAUUAACAGAAAAAGAGUCCAGUCUCAUUGAUCUGAAAGAGCAUGCUUCAUCGCUGGCAUCUUCGGGCCUUAAAAAGGACUCAAAGCUCAAGUCACUGGAGAUUGCAAUUGAGCAGAAAAAAGAGGAGUGUAGUAAGUUGGAGACACAGUUACAGAAGCAAGCUGAGCAUCUAUUCAGUCAGAUGAACAAUCCUAAAGCUCACGAGGUAGAGCAGCAGUCCGGUUCCAGAGGAAAUCCAGAGUACGUAGACCGAGUGAAACUGCUGGAGAAGGAGGUGAGCUACUACAAGGAUGAAGCCAGUAAAGCUCAGACCGAGGUGGAGAGGCUUCUGGAUAUCCUGCGGGAGGUGGAGACCGAGAAGAAUGACAAAGACAAAAAGAUUGCUGAGUUGGAAAGUCCCCCUCCCUCUGCCCCUCGCCCCACCCCUCGUCCCAGUGGCAGAGCUCCCCCUGACCCGCUCCCUUCUGUGUCCGCUGCUCCCCAGCAGAUAGGGGGCAUGGUGUGGGAUUUCCUGGGAAAUCUAGCUCCCAGACAAGGAGGUAAAGAUCAGACAAAGAAGGGUCCAAACAUCAAACUCGGACCCCAAGGGGACAAGAAAGGCCUGGGACAGGACCCCCGUAAAGAUGGCUCCAUGGAGACUGGCCACCAUCUAAAGCUGGAGGAGCUGAUGAACACACUGGAAAGGACGAGGCAGGAACUGGAUGCCACGAAGCAGCGUCUGUCAUCCACACAGCAGUCUCUGCAGGAGAGGGACACCCACCUCACCAACAUGAGACAAGAACGCAGGAAACAGCUCGAGGAGAUCCUGGAUAUGAAACAACAAGCUCUUCUGGCAGCCAUCAGUGAGAAAGAUGCUAAUAUUGCUCUACUGGAACUGUCUGCCUCCAACAAAAAGAAGACCCAAGAGGAGGUUCUGGGUCUGAAGAGGGACCGGGACAAACUGAUGCACCAGCUCAAACAACAUACACAAAGCAGAAUGAAGCUCAUAGCCGACAACUACGAAGACGAGCAAUAUCAUCCACAUGGUCCUCACCACCCCCAGUCUCAGCCCCCACACCCCCAGCCUCAGCCUCAGCCCCAACCCCAGUACCCCCACCCUCCCCACACACAGCAGCCUCAGUAUCCACACGCCCCACACCCGCAACACCCACAGCACCCACAACACCCACAACACCCACAGCACCCUCAGCAUCCGCAAGCGCCCCCACAGCACCCACACCCCCAGCAGCCACAAGCACAGUACCCCCACCCUCCUCACCAACAGCACCCCCAGCAACAUCCUCAGCACCCGCAACCACCGCUCCAGCAUCAGCAACAUCCACGGCCUCCACAGCCCCAACACCCACAUCAACAGCACCCCAGCAUCCUCCGCAGCACCCACAUGGGCAUCCCCCGCCGCAGCACCCCCACCCUCAGCACCCACACGGUCCUCCCCAACAAGGCCCCCACCCUCAGCAUCCGCAUCCCCAGCACCCUCAGCACCCUCAACACCCACAACAUCCACAACACCCUCAACACCCACAACACCCACACCACGGCCAGCAUCCACGUCACCCAUCCCCACACCAUCGUGGAGGUCCGGCUCGAGGACCUCCACACGCUGGUCACCGCCCCUCCCCAGACCAGGAUGAUGAGGAGGGCAUUUGGGCGUAAUCCUUGCUGUGACAACCAAAGCUCUAAUGUUGUUUUGAGGGAUGAUUCAGUCACUACUGGAGGAGCACAGCCAUGCCAUGAUGUUGAAACACUACCCAACCAAACAUUUAUUACCUCCACUUAAUCAAAACUCAGCAGUGGGAUCUUUGUUUUUUGGGUUUUUUUGUUUUGUUUUUUGUUUUGUUUUUAUGUGGGAAUGAGGAGGGGGUACUCAGGUGUGCAGGUCAUGCAGGGAGACUGACCACUGAGCAGGUGACCUGAGAUCUCUUCUUUGUGUGACCAGAAACAGACAUCCUCCACUUCCUACUCUGUACAGGAUCACACUUCUUGGACUGAAUCUGCAGAAAGAGACGGAUAUGGAUACUGAUAAACAAAUACAUGUGCUCUGUGUCAGACUGUUGCUUCGAAAAAGGCGUGUGGUCAACAUCCUGCGUCUCUUUGCCACAAAGGUCUCCUCACGUGGCUAUCACAUGCUGAGCGCUCCCGUCUGCACCUCUUCAAGCCAACACCACCCUCUUGAAUCUCCCAAACAGAGAUCUCAUGACUGUUUCCACCCUGCCAGCCUACUGUUUUUCUUUUUUUAUCGCUGGUGUCGUUUCUUUAUUCAAGAUCAUGGUUGUCUUGCUGUCUGUUUCACCUGCCUGACUGACUCCUCUGGCUCUGACUCUGUCAUAGUUUCUCGAUCUUCACUGCCCUGCUGACUCACCUGGUGACAUCUGGCCCGUCUACCUGGCUAUCAUUAGUGUGCAGAGUCUCUUCUGUUGCUUUAAUUGCUAAAUUAUGUUCCCAUGUGUACCAUUUCCGACAUACUGACCUCUUUUUUUUACCGUUCCUCACACCAUCCCUUUCUAAAGAAGUUCAUGUUUAUCCUUUCCAAAAGAGAUGUAGUGCCCCUUUCACUAGCAUGCUUCGCAUACACCAUGUUUUGGGUGAUUUUAGGUUUUUCUGUUGUCAUGUUUGAUAGCAAAAGGAAGAGUUAUGAGCUGACUGACUGUACGCCUUUAGUCUUGCCUGCAGCGUCCUGGUUUUCCGUGGCUGCAUGAGCAGGGCCUCCUGUUCUUGGGCUUGUUUGAGCCUUGAGCUGUGGCUGCUAUCAAUGUUUCUCUUCAUGUUACCUCAUUUAAAUCAGAAGUAGUCAAAAAAUCAAUCUAUGCAGAUGUCAACAUAGAGUAAAUGCAUUUUUAUUUCCCAUUUCUUCCUCAAAUUUAUCAAAAUGGAAUCAACUAUCAAACUGGAUCAGUCUGGAGAGUGGUCAGAAAAUGUUCAUCAGUCAGAUUACUUUGAGUUAAUGAGACUAUGCACCUAUGCACCUCCUCCGUGUUGCAGGAAUUUUUACUAAUGGUGCUUCUGCUGGUGCUCAAACUAAAUGGUGUCAGAAGACCUGGUGAAGAGCAUCUUUUAGUCCUUUUACAGUGGAGGGACUCGAUCCCACCAUGGGCUUAAUAAACAACUGUAAAAGACUGCUUUGUACAUACAAUGUGACAAUGGGGGCUUUGUGUGCCAUGACCACUUUAAGACCCACACAGAGGUGAUUAGCCUCUGCAAAUAUUGCUACUAUAAAUACCAUUAUAGACUAUAAGGAAAGGUGAUGUUCAGUAGAUGUUUCCCUGCAGGUCUAUUUGUACCAUUGACACCUAAAUCUCUAACCUACAGUAUGCUCCUGUUCCCUUUUCCCUCCAGACUAUCUCCCUCGUAAUUCUCCUUUUCCAGCAGUAGUCAUGUGUGACCUCCCUAAACAUAGUGACUUGUUUUCUCCUUCUCAACAAGGUGGCCUGUGCCUCGUAAAAACUGUACACAUAAUAUGAUAGAUAUGCAUAUAUUAUACAUAUAGAGAGAAAUCUAUAGAGUGUGUCUAUACGUGGUCAGAAAACUGUUUCAAACUGACAAGAUAAUAUAUGUUUGUUCUUCAUGGUUAUUUUUCUAACUGGCUGGAGGUCAGAAAGAUGUCUUAUUUAGAGUGUUGAGUGAUGGGAUUUUCCUCUGAUUUGUACAUUGUAAGAAAACCCCUCAGCAGCAAGUAACAUUCCCUGUCUGAAAAUACAGGACAGCCCAAUAGAAAAAGAGCUUAAGAGAAGUUUAUUGCAAAAAGAAAAGUGUAUCCAAAUCUAUCUAGAAAACUAGAAAAGAUAAGAUUAUUACAUUCCUUUCUUAAUGUGAAAAUAUUUGUUGACACUCAGUUGAAGACCACUUGGCCUGUGGUAGCAACUUAGAAAAAAAAAAAAAAACUUAUUGCAGCUCACAUAAGUAGCAAUGAGAUUAUGUCUGCUGCACACAGCGGUCAGAAACUUGCACUUGUGAGUGAGGACUAUCACUAUUAACAUCCAAGUGGAGGUUUGAGUGACUCUGUCGGGAUUGCAUUUCUUUUGCGUGUUUGUCGUAUUUGUCGUCUUGUAAACAGAAGUGGUGACGUAUGUGACUGUGACAGCUGACUAACUAGAAAAACCAACACACAUUGUUGCAGUUUAGUGGAAAUGAAUUAGACUGUUACAAUCCCACUUCCUGUCCCUCAGCCCACGUGUGUCUCCCUUAAAUGGCCAAGUGUUGAUUGUUGUAUAUAAAUGUCCUUCCAUCUUCCAUAAACAGAGAUGAUCCACGCAUCAUCUACUUCCCAUAUGAACCUAAUCACCCCCGUCACUGACAAAGAAUCACCAGAUUGUGUGAAAUGUUGGUGUUUGUGUUUACAAUGUUAAGGAGAAAGGUCCUGAUUUGGGUAAAAAAAAAAGGGAAGACAAUGCAAACAGACAGAGGAGCAAAAAUCCUCUCACUUCACCAUCAGGGGGCCGGAGUGCGAAUCCUCCAUUUUCAGGUCCUUAUCUACUGAAUACUUGAAGUAGGGGGUUCUCCUACCAUGAAACAGCAUAUAUGAUUUACGUGGUAGACAACAUGGAACAUUACAAUUGUGCCCAUGCAUGCUGAUUUUUACAUAACGUGCCAACUGAAAGUGAUGAUGUAAGGAUUAUCUCCUGUUCUCUAUGCAGAGCGAUUUCUCACAGAGGCUUAGAGACUGGGGCUGGUUUCCUGGGCUCAGACUAAAGACUAAUCCUAGUUGUGAAUGACUGACAUCCCACUCUGUGCAAGAAAAGGUCAAGAAGUUCAGUCUACAUCUGUGCCUAGAAGCAGCCAUGUAGAAAGAUGGAAACUUAAGGCGAAAGGCCUGUAGAUUCACCAGUAAUUUUCUUAGGCCUUCGAAGAAAAACAUUUAAAAAGCCUGACAUACAUUCACUUUAUUGUUGUACACAGGUUAUUUUUCUUUUAUUGUAUGUUGCUGAAAACUCUGGAUUAAACAAAUCACUGUGACCAAUGCCAGAAGCAUUUUUGUUUGACAGAACAAAUAUUGUGUUUACUUUUUUUAUUCAUUUUUGUAUUUAAUUUGAGCUUUAUUUUUUCUAUUGUUUCAGCUUAUUAAUAUGCCAGUUUGAGACUGUACUCUUUGUAUAAGUAAAUGUUUUGAGCUGUACAGUAAAGAUCUAGGAACAAGUUAAAUGUGAGUGUCCAGCAUGCUGAAUGAUUACUUGUGUGAACGUGAGCUAAUUUCCCAUGAAGCAUCAUUCCUCAUACAUUAAUUGCAUCUGCAUCGUGCAUUGUGACGGUGUGAUGUUGUGUUUGAGAGUGAUGUGUGUCUCACUUACUGUGUCCCCUUAGUAGACAGCCUGUGCAGUUUUGUGAGAGUGCAGCAUGUUUUUGGGGUCGCUGGUGUAAAUGUAUUCAGAAAAGAGGAAUGUGAGUGAGUGCAUACGAGUGUGUGCGUGCGAAUAAGUGUGAAUUACUUUGAUUUAUGGGCGUGUCUGUGUUAUGGAUGCAACAGAGAAAAAUCUAUUUAAAAAACUUUACCAGAGGAAGUCCCUUGAGAAAAAAAAAGCGAGACUGAGUAAAAGUUUUGAAUGACGCAUGGAUACUCUGUAAUGUUUUUUCUUUUUUAAACCUAGGAGGCUGUCCUCAGUGCCCCAGUUUGCUAUUGUAUGUGCUGUAUCAGAAUAUUACUAUUGAGUGUUGGCCAGCUUGUUUAUAUCCAUCAAAUAAAGGUGACUUUCUUUC